GUGUUUUACCCGUGCCCAGCUGAUCGCGAGUGUUCACCUUUAGCCCUGGUCAGCUCUAAAGGUACCCUGUUGGGUAGAAAGACCGUUCCGUGGUUGUAGUGUGGGACUACAGGAACAGUUAGAUCAAGCUGAAAGCGGUCUGUUCCCUCAAUAAUCGUGAUCUCAGCUGUAGUACCGUUAGACUAGAGGAAUUACUCUACUACCUUCUUGGGAGCCACCAGACGCCUUGGAGCCGCGAUGUCUGCCGAACAGAAGCUGCCAAGCGACGAAGAAGUGCGAGGAGGCGUUCAGGGCAGUCUGAAGUACUGGGUAGGGAAGCUGGAGUGUGGAGGGGACGUGGAAAAACAGUGGUUCUACAAGCAGAAGUUCAUCAAGAAACUACGGGAGUCGGACAUUGCUCUAGAGACAGACAAAGCCAAUGAGCAACACUAUGAAGUCCCGACUGAAUACUUCACAACAGUUCUGGGCAAGUGGAGGAAAUAUAGCUGCUGCUAUUGGCCAGAGGGGGUCAAUGACCUGGAACAAGCGGAGGAAGCCAUGAUGAAGAUGUACGCAGAAAAAGCCAAGCUGGAGGAUGGACAUGCUGUCAUGGACCUUGGUUGUGGCUGGGGAGCCAUGACCCUCUGGGUUCUACAGAACUACCCACAAUGCACCGUGGUCUGUGUGUCCAACUCCCAGACCCAGAGGGAGUACAUUGAGGGCGAGGCCAGGAAGCGAGGUUUUGGCAACCGUCUGGAGGCCGUCACUGCUGACGCAAAUGUCUUCAGCACAGACAAAACGUUUGAUAGGAUUUUCUCCAUUGAGAUGUUUGAGCACAUGAGGAACUACGAGCGGCUGUUCCAGAAGGUGUCGUCGUGGCUGAAGCCGGACGGUCUGCUGUUCACACAGAUCCUGUGCCACCGCGAGUUCCCCUACGCCUUCGACACACGGCAGGACGCAGACACAGAGUGGAUGGCCAAACAUUUCUUCACCGGCGGGACCAUGCCCUCGGCUGACCUCUUCCUCUACUUUCAGGAGGAGGUGUGUCUGGUGGACCACUGGAGGCUGAACGGUAAACAUUACACCAAGACUCUGGACACCUGGCUGGAGAAGCUGGAUGCAAACAUAGACCAGGUUCGAGAGAUCAUGACCAAGACGUACGGGGAAGGCGCCGCCAAGCAGAUCUUCAACUGGAGGAUGUUCUUCAUGUUCUGUUCCGAAGUCUUCCAGUACAAGGAGGGGAACGAGUGGAUGGUGUCCUUCCAUCUCUUCAGGAAGCGCUGAGACAGUUUUUGCACUUGGACUUCUCUUUAAAACAGUUCUUGAAUCCUGUUGUAUCCUAGUAAUAUG